GAUAGUGGUCCUGUCGUGUUGGAGUUGGGCGGGAUACGUCCCCCUCCCCACACCACGGAGAACAGUCCAGCGGAACAGUUUCCAAAUGUGUUCGCCGCCGUCAUGCACUACUAAGCUGUGACAGCGAGAAGUUUACUUUACUAUAGAUCAUUUCCAAGCUCAGUGACGUAAAGAAAAGGUAGCUCAUAAUCGGUAUAUUUCGUAAUCUAGAAGGGUGUGUAUUUGAGCAAUUCUUUGUGCCCUCUUUAUGUUUAAUACAAAGCAGUUCCUUAUAACAGUCCUAGCCCAGUCUGUAUUCACCGAGUUGCAUUCUUUCGUUUAAGUUUAAUGAAAGCAGUUGUUAAUCAAACGCAUCGUUUUAUUUUGUAGCUAUCAUACAAUCACGCAGUGGGGAAAACGUGUCUGUUUUUGGUGAACGAAGGUGGACAACCCUAGUCUUGUUUUUUAUUUGUUUUUUUUUCACUUUAGCGUAAAGCAAUGGUACGUGUUCUUUAGUUCUUUAGCAUGCAUUGGCAAGCUAUACGUUUUUCUGUAAAAAGAAACAACAAAAAUACGACUUUAAAUCUCGUGUUAAGUUUUUUUUUUUUUUUUUUUUUUUUUCACACACUUAAAUGAGUGUAAAGGAUUUAAUUUACAAUAAUAAUCAGACCCAACCGGAAAAAGGGUACAAAUAAACAAAGAAUCAAGACAAAAAAUAACUGUGUUUGCUGUAGAAAACAUUGAAAAGAUCAGUGUCUGCAACAUGGAUUUGAUUACUGUGGUACUUCUAUUGCAGCUUGCAUACAGAAUUGAUAAGGCUUAUGCAGGCACAGAGCUGCAACCCCAAAGCCUGCAGUGCACCAAUGACUAUUUAAGAGAAAUGGUCUGCACUUGGGAUGCUGGGCUGAAAGUGAACUGCAAUACUGAUUAUACUCUACAGUACCAGAAGACAGCUGGAUCAAAAAAGGGCACAUGUUUCCCAAACAACUUCAGAGUCGACCCAGAGAGGGAGGGCUUAUCAGCGCAAUGCAUCUGCCGCUUUGCGGUUCCAGGUUUUGACUCCACUGAUGAAUACAAAGUGGAAGUUUGUUCCGAUGGCAGAGGAGUAAUGAACAGUACCAUUCGCGUUUCUGAAACAAUAAAAACGGCAGCUCCACAUAUCCUUUCAGUUGUGGAAGACGAAGGUAAAAAUUUAACCCUCUUGUGGAACAGCAGGUACUCAAAAAACGAACCCCUGCAAGAGCUUCUGAUGUUUGAAGUCAUGUACAGAAAGAGAGACAGUCUGACAGAGGAAUAUGAAAAAAUAGAGGAACUAGGUGCUGUGAAACAUAAGAUACCCUGGCUGUCACUAGAAACUGGAAACCAGUAUAUCUUCAGAGUGCGUGCAAAGCUGGACAUGUUUAAUGCCACUUGGAGUGACUGGAGCCCUGUUGAUAUAAAGCCCAAAGGGAUUCUAAUAUGUUACAAUGACUACAUUGACGAAAUGGUCUGUGUCUGGAACGCUAGCAUGCAAAUAAACUGCAGUGGGGAGUACACUCUGUCCUUUACAAGACUGAGACUCCCAUUUAAAAAUGAUUCAUGUGUCCUAAGGAACGUUGGCGUGGGCCCAAACUCUUUAUCCACACGCUGCGAAUGCAAAAUGCCCAAACUUGCAGACGGAUUUGUAGUCCAUGAUAUGUACAUUGUGGAAGUCUGGCAUCGAGAGAAUGCGAUACUCCUCACACAUGUUUUUCCAUGUGAAACCAUCAAACCAAGACCUCCUCACAAUCUUUCUGUUUCACGGAGUGAAAAAAACAACUUUAACCUUACUUGGAAAAUAGGUUCAAAUGUCAACGAAAAAAUGGAUUUUCAAGUCAGCCUCAGAAAGAAGGAGGAACCAGACGAGAAAGCACAACUAAUAAAUGUGUCGGAUGUGUCCCUUGAGAUAAUAAGAAGUUAUUUAGACCCUGGACAUAGUUACGUGGUAAAAGUCCGGUCAUUUUCCAGGGAAUAUCACUCCCAGUACAGUGACUGGAGCCUGGAGGUCGAGUGGCAAAACUAUCACACGGCAGCGCUUUACUUGUUGAAGAUAGCUACGCCUAUAGUCUGUGUAUCUCUCCUGGUGGUAAUCAUUUCCUGUUAUCUAUGCACCCGCAUAGCCAAGCUGAAAUUGCAAGCGGUGCAUGAUAUUUAA